AUGGAUACGCAGGCCACGACCGAAGGAUACCCUAGCAUCGGAGCUAUGGUGGAGUGGGACGAGGACAUAGGACACUCCGUCUACUUGAGAAUGAGCAGCACAGGAUUCCCUCGAGGACUGCAGGCUGAAAAAAUACUCUCUGUUUUUACGAACGCCAAUGGAACUAGGAUGUUCAACAUCAAGUUCAAGGACUCGCCCAAGGUGGAACAGCUUGCAGCUUGCGAGGCCAACAAACGCAUUCCCCACAUGGUGAUCGAGUUCUACUGGGACCACCUCUCCUUGUCACCCAAAUCCGCGAGUGGCAAGCCAUGA